CCGGGGGCCGGGGCCGCCGCGGGGCCUGCGGCUGGUGGUGGCUCCUCGCCCCGGCACAGCUCACGGCUGCCCCUGCCGCUGUCGGGACGCGGGCCCGUCGCAGGCGGCAGCACGAGCGGCAGCAGGAAAGCUGGCGCAGGCCCGGCACCGUGGCGGGCAGGCCGCGGCCCCCGCUGCAGCGAGGCUGGGGCUGCCCGGCCGCCGGGGAGGAGGGCCCGUCUCCCAAGCGGGCAAGGCGGCCGCUCUGUGUGUCCGGGGCAGGACGAAGGUCGGCGCUGCCUGCCGAGGGUCCAAGGUUUGCCGGUGCGUGCAGCAGCCGGAGCCCCGGAGCCGGUGAGAGCCGCAGCGUCGGGACGCGGUUGUUAGGUUUCGGCCUGGAAGUUUUUGAAUAGGAAUUUGAGACACAAUGUCAUCUGGAGAUGGCUGCCAAGCGUUCACCAAACCAGCAUUUGGUGAAAAGGAAGCGACUGAGCUGGUGGACAGAGUAUUUGGGUUAAAGGUGUCCUGGAUCCGGCCGCUGCCCAGCUACGACGACCAGAACUUCCACGUGCGCGUCUCGGGGAGCGCGGGGGCGCCUGGAGGCACCGACGAGUACGUCCUCAAAAUCACCAAUUCGGAGGACAGCCAGGAGCCCGACCUCAUUGAAACACAGACCCAGGCCAUGAUGUUUCUCAGCGCUGAAGGCUUCCCUUCAGCUACGCCUCGUCUUACAAAAGACGGUAACGUCAUGUCUCUGGUGUCAGGUACUGGAUCUGGGAACAAAAAGUUCAUGGUCAGACUGCUGACCUACCUGCCAGGUACACCUGUGGCAAAAAUUGCUACAAAUGCACAGAUUUUGUAUGAGGUUGGUAAGCUAGCUGCCAGUUUGGAUAAAGCUCUCUCAGAGAAAUUCCAUCAUCCAUCAGCAAAAAGUCUGCAUCGAGGGCAAUUCAUUUGGAACCUGGCAAAUGUCCCUCUUCUAGACCAGUAUGUUUAUGCCUUGGGCCAGAACAAAUAUCGUGAAGUUGUGGAGCAAAUUAUUCAGCAAUUUAAAGAGAAAGUAAUACCAAAGCUAACCAGUUUUCGAGCCUGUAUCAAUCAUGGAGAUCUUAAUGACCACAAUAUUUUAGUAGACUCCAGCUCUGCUUCCCUCGAGACUCCUCAGUACAGAGUGUCCGGCAUUCUGGAUUUUAGUGACAUGAGUUACGGUUAUUACGUAUUUGAAGUUGCAAUAACUAUCAUGUACAUGAUGAUUGAGAGCACGGAUCCUCUGAGCGUUGGAGGGCAUGUUCUGGCAGGGUUUGAAAGCGUCCUGCCACUGACAGAGGAGGAGAGAGCUGCUCUCUUUCUCUUGGUGAGCGGCAGGUUUUCGCAGUCACUUGUCAUAGCAGCCCACACGGCCCUCCUGUACCCACAGAAUGAGGAAUACCUCAUGGUCACAGCAAAAACUGGAUGGAAACACUUGAUGAAAAUGUUCGAGGUGGGCCAGGAGGCUGUGGAGAAGAUGUGGUUUGAGACUGCAAAGGCGUAUAGGAGCCCUGGGCCUGCAGAGUAGAGGAGGAGCUGCUCGGUAACGCCCGACUGUACCUAUGUAUUAAACACUACGCUGCCUGUACUGCAACUUGUACCACCGAGGUGUUUCACUGUGUAACUGCAGGACGGUGAUGACAUCGCAGCACGUCCGAUCUCGAA